UAUCAGCGCGGAGCCAUGGCUGCCGCUGUGCGGGAGUGCCUGGAGCUCCAGCUGCUGGAGGUGGAAAUGCUCCUUUCCAUGUUCCCCAAGAAAGGAGAGAUUAGCCUGGACGAGGCUGCCGUGCCCGCCCUGCAGCGCUAUCUGAGGGACGGCGGCGGAUCCCUGCCCCCGCGGCUCGAGUAUUCGGUCGCUGUCGGUGUCGGGGAGCCGGAGGUGAAAGUGGAAUUGCAGGUACAGUUGCCUCAUAUGUAUCCCCAUGUGGCUCCUCAGCUUUUUGCAAGAUCAAAUGCACUGCACAGACAGCAACAGUUGCAGCUCAACACUCUUCUCACUUCUCACAUCAGCUCUUUGGAUUCAGGUGAACUGUGCGUAUGUGAAGCUGUGCAGUGGCUGAAAGAGAACAGCCUGCCUUAUUUAGAAAAUAGUAAGGUCUCUGCUGAAAGUGUUUCAAAGGAAACAGUAGUUAAAGAAACAAUUCAACGUAUGUGGAUCUACAGCCAUCAUAUAUACAGGCAGGAAUUGAGGAAGAAGAUCUUUGAGUGUGCAAAGAAAUUAAACCUGACUGGCUUCUGCUUGACAGGAAAACCUGGGGUGAUCUGUGUGGAGGGAACCAGAGAAAACUGUGAGGAGUUCUGGCGUGUUAUCAGAUAUCCCAACUGGAAGCAUAUUUCAUGCAAACAUGUGGAGACUGUAGAAGCAGAAGGAAGCAUUGAUAAUUUGCGCCUCUUUCAAACUUUUGAAGACUUGCAGUUUCAGGCCCAUGGUGAUUAUGGCCUGAGGAAUGACUAUCACAUGGAUCUGGGCCAGUUCCUUGAAUUCCUGAAACAGCAUCAAAGUGGACAUAUUUUUCAGAUUUUAUUUGGUGUUGAAGGCAAACUUGCAGACAAAUAAGAAAAAAAAGAUGUAAAAGAAUGCUAACUUUGGACAGCAAGAGAUGAAGCUGGCAUUAAAAUUUAUCCUUAAGCUAUGGCUGCUGUGAAAAGGGAAACUCAGUGUUUAACACAGAAGGACAGUUCAAGUAGAUAUUCCUGGCUCUGUUCUGAAUUGCAGCCUGUUUUUUGAAAGAGGUGCUUGUUUACUUAUUUCCAGAGACCUUAAAAGCAGCAUUUAUCACUGAGCCACAUCUCACAGAAGUGCUUGCAAGGUGAUGAAAAUCCCACAUGGUAGCAUCCCAAAUUACACUGGUCUGCAAUCAUCCAUACUGUGCUGUGUUACUAAGCCGAGGUGCAGAGCUUUAGUUAACUUCUUCAUUUAGUUGUGGGUCACCAAGGUGUCUGUAGUCAGAGAUUAAUACAAUUUCCAGUAUAAAAGUACAUGCCACCAAAGGGAGUCAGAGAUUUACUGCAUUCACUAUCUUUUACUGCUGUAUGAAGCAUCUGCUCUCACUUAAUUCAGCUGAUCCAAGAAAAGCAAAGACUCUUGUGCCCAAGCACAGCACCAGGUUUUGCAUUUAAAACGGAGGAGUGUGUGUGGGGAAGUAAACCUACAUCACCUAUCAUUUGGAAGCUCUGGGUAGUGCAUCUUUACAGGGAUAAUGUUAUUGCCCACAUUUCCAAUAGCAGCUUCUUCUCAUCUCAUUAAGGUCCGGUUACAUUAAUGGUAAUUUUGAAUGGUAACAGUUGCUCAACUUGUGCUUUUUUAUAUUUGUAUUGCUAGGCCUAGCAUAUUGAAAGGUGUUUAACAUAAUAAAUAAGGAAAUAUAUGUGUUGUGUGUGUGUCUGUAUAGAUAUAAAAGGAUUGUCAUAUUUGAAUGUUAUUCGUAGAUGAAGGCUGUGUCUGAGAAGUCUGAAAUAGCUGUGCCUUAAAGAACCACCAUAACACUGCCUUCUGCUUUCUAAGCACCAUAAUAGGAAAAUUGGUACACAGCAAUAAAACCACCCUUACUGUUGAGGUAUGGAUGACCAAAUCUACAAAUCAAGCUAUUUGGUUAGCAGCUACUUAAAAGCUGUGUUUCAGUACACUCCCCUGAUGACUACAAUAUUAAAAAUGGGGAUGCUUUGGCUGCCUAUUUAUAAUACUCUGAUAUUCUCUCUUUGUGAGGGACACUGACUGCCUUUAUGCCGAGCAAUUGCAGCACAGUUAUCUUGUUGGGGAAAAUGAUAAUUCACAGGACUAUGGCUUUGUUAGAAUAUUUUAAUGCUGCUGAAUAAUUUGUCAACAAAGGCUCUGCAGGUUCAAUUCUCAUCAGAAAAUCCUCAUUGCUGCACACAGGAGUGACCAAUAAGGCUUUUAUGUGGAGGAAAAUAUUUCUAAACUUACUGUUGUUUUUCAAUAACAGCUUGACAAUUUACACAAGUUACAUCCUGACUUGUAAUGGAUUAAACAGUCAUUGUGUGUAUUUCUUAAUUUUCCACUGUACCAUUUAUCUGCUGAAGUUCUCAUUGACAUGUAUGACACAUCUCUGAAUUCAAGGUGCAACCACUCAUUUUGAUAUAAAAAAAUGUGUACAGCCAUCAUACAGGACACAUCAAGUGCAAUAACAAUCAGAAAACAACCAACACAAAUACAGUUCUCAGAUUAAUCUUUAUUUUUUCAUUUAUAAUUAAUUAUGACUUCUUAAUCUGAGUUUCUAAUCAAAUAUUAUGAUUUAGAAAACUUGUUCUGAAUCUUACAAAAUUAUCUACUCUUCGGCUCUCUAGGCAGAAACAUUCUGAAUAUUUUAGUGCUUUUCCACUGCUGCUGAUUUGCUUAUUUCUUCAUGAAGUAUUUACAGUUUCACUUUCAUGGCUUCUUCAGGCCAGGUGUAUGAGUCAGCCACAAAGCUGUUAUAAUCAGUGCUGUACAUCUGCGAACGGAUGAAGGCUUCAAGGUCCUUGGGCCGAGGGUAGGUGGUGGCACUGUUAUUCCUGUAGGCUUCUUCUGCAAUCUGGAAAGUUGCAUUAAAAUCCCAAUUAGUGCUUUAUGUGAAUACAUUUAACAGAAUUUUUAAGUAGAAAUUAGGUCAAAAUCAAGAUGACAUCUUCUUAGAUGCUGACAGUGAUGUCAAGUUACACUGGAUCUGGGCUAACAUACAGCAAAAAAGAUUAAGAAUAUGAUGAUGUAUGCACUGAUUUGUCUGAUUCGUGCUGCUUUUGAACUCUUUUGAACAGGAUUACAUUGUGAGCAGGCUACCCUGGUUUACCACCUCCUAUAAAGUACAUAAGAAAAGUAUGAUUUAUCCCAAGCCUCCCCUGCAUAUGAGGGAAGUUUAUUAUUUGCCUCAGUUUGGUAAAACAUUUCUCAAAGGUAAAUGCUAAACAAGGUGCAUAGGUUUAAAUUCUAUGUAUGACUGGGGAAAGCCUGUGUACUUUGUCUCUGAGAAUUCAACAAGAUCAGAAUCAAUUGCAUCCUAUGUAUGGCUGUGGCAAAAAAUUGACGUUUGGAAGGGACUGGAGCUCACUCCGUGCAUCAAAGCAUACUGUCACAUCUGAAGAACACCAGCUUGAGAUAUAUACAUCUUUUGGCUAGAUGCUCCUCUGUGAAACAAAAGAAGGGUUACACAUUAGUUUAAAGCAGCAGUGAUCUUCAGUAGGAUCUGCUUCAACUGCAACUGGCAAACAGACAGAAGCUCUUACUUUAAAUGAAGGGAAGACAAAGUCUUCUUCCUGCUCUCCUUAGCCAUCACUUUAAAACAUAAAUAUUUUAGCUUGGUGAGAAGCCAGUGCCCCAAGGGGAAGAGCUACAGUAUGUUGGCUUCCCUUUUAGAAUUCAUCUGAAGUCCCAACCAGAGCUGAGUGAGAUGUCUGUAUUUGUGUAAGAGUUUCUCUUCAGGUCUGCAUACAUAAUAAUCACAGCUGAAUGAGGUCUGAAUUUAUGUUCUGCAUUUGGUAUUCCAAAAAUUUUCAGAGUGUUUCUUCCCUGGAAAGGACAGAGGCCAUCACUUAACCUUUAGUGCUGUACAAGCACUAAAGCACUGCACGAGAGUAGGUGCUUGUGGGAAUAACAUUUCAGCAGAGAUCAGGCAGAAAGACUUGGUCAGUAACAUUUUCCUUUUUCAACACACAUUCAAGUUAUCUCAUCAGAGACAACAGAGGAGUUUCUAUCACUGUGUUUUCUGCCACGUAGGCAGUUUGAUGUAGCCUGAGGAAUCUUGGUAAUAUUUUAACAUUUACAGGACAGUUAUCAUUUGUCUAAGAAGACAUGAGGGGCAAGAAGGAUAUUAUUAUUAUUAUUAUUAUUAUUAUUAUUUAUUUUAAAUGUAGAGUAAGUGAAGCUAGGGGAAGUGUUUGAUGCACGAAGGCUCCUUGUUCAGUAACUGGAAUGUUUUACAUCAGUAAACAAAAAUUCUGGAGUUCUGACUCUUUCCUCCUUGUACUGGGGUCAAAUUUGGGGUUACAUUUAUGAAUUGAAAUUGAAUACAUUUAUUUUUACUCCUAGACCAAGAUUGCUGUAAAUCAACUUGUGAGAAGAUGUGUCAGCUGAUCGAAUCUAAUGCUCAGCAUGGGAAGAAAAGAAGCCAGGAAUGAAAUGACUUACCCUCACAGCAAUCUUCAGUGACACCUGCUGAAUUGUGACUAAAGGAGGGUACAGGCGACCUUCCUGUAAAUUCUCCUCUGAAACUUGCUGAGCUAUUACCUAGAAAUAAGGCAGACAUGUUAAACUUUAAAUGCAGACACAAUUGUAACUUUAUGAGGCACUGAUCUAGUCUUACACAAAUAAAUGGUCAUGCUUUGGCAGGUCACACGGGUACUGUGUGACUUAAUUUACCUAGCAGUGAUUUUAACAAUCUGCCUGGUCAUUAGGUGUAGCCAGAUGAGAGCUAGAAAUUUAGGGAGUUAUGCCCUUUUCUCACUCUGAUUGUAUUGAAACCUGAAUCAUUCAUAUGCCUGUAGAUGGAGUAGAAGGGAAAUAAAUAUUUAUUAAUAUCAAAUCUGAUA